AUGGGAUACACUGACCCUUCAUCAAGCAGGGAUUUGCUCGGAAACAGAACUUUGUUCUUCAUAUUCAUCUGCGCCUUUGCUGUGGUCACCUUGCUGCAGCAGAUCCUCUAUGGGAGAAACUAUCUCAAAAGGUAUUUUGAGUUUUAUGAAGGGCCUUUGGAGUACAACUCUACCAAAUGCCUGGAAUUACGGCAGGACAUCAUUGAGGUGAAGGUUUUGUCUAUGGUGAAACAAACUGAAUUGUUUGACAGAUGGAAGAGCCUACAGAUGUGCAAAUGGGAGAUGAAUGUCACAGAAGCUAAUUUAUUCAAGUCUACUUUGUCGAGGUGUUGCAAUGCCCCUGCCUUUCUGUUCACCACCCAGAAAAAUACUCCCUUGGGAACUAAACUGAAAUAUGAAGUGGAUACUAGUGGAAUCUUCCAUAUCAACCAAGAAAUCUUCAAAAUGUUUCCAAAGGAUAUGCCAUACCACCGCUCCCAGUUUAAGAAAUGUGCAGUGGUUGGGAACGGAGGAAUUCUGAAGAACAGCAGAUGUGGCCGGGAGAUUGACAGCGCAGACUUUGUGUUUCGAUGCAAUUUGCCUCCUAUAUCUGAGAAAUACUUCACGGACGUUGGGGUAAAGACGGAUGUCGUGACUGUGAAUCCCAGUAUAAUUACUGAGAGAUUUCAUAGGCUGGAAAAAUGGAGAAAACCCUUCUACGAUGUGCUCCAGGUCUACGAGAACGCUUCCGUGCUGCUGCCAGCUUUCUACAACACUCGCAACACGGACGUCUCAAUCCGGGUCAAAUAUGUCCUGGAUGAUUUUGAAUCUCAGCAAGCUGUUUAUUACUUUCAUCCCCAGUAUCUCAUCAACGUCUCACGCUACUGGCUCGGCCAAGGGGUGCGGGCCAAGCGGAUUAGCACUGGACUGAUCCUGGUGACUGCUGCCCUGGAGCUCUGUGAAGAGGUCCACCUUUUUGGCUUUUGGGCCUUCCCCAUGAACCCCUCAGGGAUUUUUAUAACUCACCACUACUAUGACAAUGUGAAACCUCGCCCUGGUUUUCAUGCUAUGCCCUCAGAAAUCUUCAACUUCCUCCACAUGCACAGCAAGGGGAUCCUGCGGGUUCAUACAGGGACCUGUAGCUGCUGUUGACAGGGAUACUUCUUCCUCUGACACAAAAGUGUAACAGGAACUUGAUGCCUGUGUAUGGUGUAGGAGGUUUUAUUACACCCUGAGAUUAUGCAAUAAAUGUUUGAUAUAAAUUUCCUCAAGGCAUUGCAUCCCAUAGGGUCUAGGAUACCAGCAUCUUUCCUGCUAGCAGAGUUGGGUCCAUAACAGUGUAGGAGAAGCAAAACUCCUCUGUUCCAGGGU